GAAAAUCAGGAGCUCCGACGCGAGGCCGCGUCGCCGGCCUUGCCGGGCGGCAGAACUCCGAGCCCGAGGCAAGCGUCGAGGUCUCCGAACGGGUGCCCGCAGAGGGUGCCGUCGGGACUCCCGGCCGACAAGGAUGGGAGAGGCGAGACGCGCGACCUGCCGGCGCCAAGAGAGAAACCGACGGAGGGCGACCGGCGCGACGGGUCGACGGCGGCUCCGGCUCAGCCUGGAGCUGCCGCCGUGGCGCCCUGGAGGCAGCGUCCCACGAUGGCGAGGAAGCGGCUCGCAGGGCAAGGACGCAAAGGGGUCCAAGGCUUCGGAAGCGAAGGUUCCUGGCGACGACUCGAGGCGGCUCGGCGGAGUUGAAAGGCCGUCGAUGAAAGUGAGCAGCUCGGCGGUUCCCGCGGUCGCUUCUCGGUCACGCGUGGACGUGCACGCAGGCGCGGAGUGGGGCUCGGGCGGAACCGGAGAGGGGAUGACCUCCAGCGAACCGUCGACAUCCGGGAGGCAAAGGGACACUCUGCCCGCAGCAGCUCAAGCCGAGGAUAAAAUUGACAUCUCCCCAGAAGGUCAUGCGAAGGCCGUCCACGCCCAAAAGCGAACGCCGGCUAUCGAUGGUGGAAUGCCGCCGGGGCAGCAGGAGGCGGAAGCUAUGGAUGUGGUGGAGCAGGGAGCGUGGGACGAUGAUCAGAGGCUGUCGAACAAGCGCUUUGCAGAGCCCAAAGAGCAACUCGACGAGAAGAGGAGGAGAAUCGCCGGCGCCGUGCCCCAGGCUGACGAGAAUGCGGGCCUCGCGUUACACCCUUCAGAAGAACGCUUGGAUGUGGAUAGAGCCUCGGCGCGGGUCCCGGCGGGCUACGCGGCGUCGGACGAGGAGUACUUCAGCUCGGUGGAGGACUCACGAGCGGGCGCGCGAGGAGCGGGUGUCCUCUCUGACGAGGAGGAAUACUUCAGCCCCGGGCCGAGCAGCCGCCCCACGUCGCCUGCCAGGGCCCGCACGCGGCCCCCCGAGUUCCAGGUGGAGAUGGCGGACCAGGAGAUCGCCGAGGGCCAUGACGCCUGCUUUAGGGUGAACGUCUCCGGGGAGCCCGCGCCGUCCGUCUCGUGGUACAAGGACAACGUGUGGAUCCACGAGGACGCUCGGCACCACGUCCGCGAGGAAGCGAGCUCCGUCUCCUCGCUCUCCGUGCUCCGGGUGACGGCACCGGACGCCGGCACCUACAGCUGCCAGGCCGUGAACACGGCCGGCAUGCGGCAGUGCCAGGCCCGCCUGGAGGUCACAGCGAAAGCGGCGUGGGAGGAGGGCGCCGUCCCGGCCGCCACCGCCCCGGAGCUGCCUGCGGACGCUGACGGCGACGAGCACGGCGAGACGAACCUGGGGCGGAUCCCGGAGGAGAGGGAGUCGGACCCGGAGCUGGGGGUGCUGCCCGAUUUUGCUCGGCCGCUGCUGGACCUCGAGGUGGCCGAGGGCGCCACGGCCACGUUCGAGUGCUUCGUGUCCGGCCACCCCAGGCCGGCCGUCGCCUGGUUCCGCCAGGGUCAGCGUGUCGAGCCGUCCAGUGGCGUGCUCAUGGAGGACGGCAGGGACGUCUCGCGCCUCAUCUUCCGUGCUGCCGAGCCGGCCAGCGGGGGGGUGUACAAGUGCGUCAUCUCCAACAGAGUGGGCAAGGCCACCGCCUACGCGCAUCUCUACGUCCGCGAGCUGAGUGCAGAGCUCCCAGAAGUGGUGCCCCUCGUGGAGAGCGUCACCAGCCGAUCGGUGGAGCUCUCCUGGCACGUGCCCAAGAAGAUCCACCCGUCGCUAGAGCCCGCGGCGUUGACCUACACCGUGGAGUGCCAAGCCGAGGGCCGCGGGGACUGGAGCGUCCUGGAGUCGAACGUGGGCGACGCCGGCGUGACGCUGGAGGGCCUGCCGCCCGGGAUCGCUCACUCCUUCCGCGUGUCGUGCGUCACCCCAAAGUGCUCGGGGCAGCCGUCGCGGCCCACGGCACCGGUCACGCUGCCGCAUCACGCCCCGUUCCUGGAGGAGCCCCCGCGGUUCCUGGAGAAGCCGGAGCCGGUUUACGGCGUCGAGAACGGGCUCGUCAGCAUCGGCUACACGCUCAACCACGUGCGCGCCUCCGUCUCGUGGACCAGGGACGGUGAGGCGGUGCGGCUGCACGCGGGCGGCUACAGCGUGCGUGUGCAGGAGGAGGACCGCUACCUGCUGCAGAUCCCCGCGCUGGGCCGCGCGCACCUGGGCGAGUACGUGUGCGUGGCCAGCAACGACCACGGGGAGGACCGCUGCGCCACGCGCUUGCAGCUCGCAGAUCCACCGAAAUUUGAGGACAUCAUGGAGGACGUGCAAGUGAGGCCAGGCGGCACGUGCAGCUUCACCGUGGUGGUGGACGGGAAGCCAACGCCCGACAUCCUCUGGUUUAAGGACGACGCGCUGCUGGCGGAGAGCGGCCGCGUCUCGUUUGCGUACGACGCGGCCGCGUGCUCGCUGGUGCUGCGCGACGUGACGGAGAGCGACCGCGGCGUGUACGCGUGCGUCGCCAGGAACGUGGCCGGGGAGCAGACCUACAAGGCCGAGCUCUCCAUCCCCAAGGCCAAGGGCGAGAUGGUGGCGGACGAGCAGGAGCUCAUGAGGAAGAUCAGAAAUCUUACGGAUUACUACGUCGUCAGGGAGGAGAUCGGCAGGGGCUCAUUUGCGGUGGUGAAGCUCGUGGUGGAGAGGGGCACGGGGAAUCCCUACGCCGCCAAGUUCCUGUCGUGCCACGACAGGAAGCAGGUGGACGCGGAGCGCGAGCUGCGUGUGCUCUCCCUGCUCGACCACGAUCGCGUCACGCGACUCCACGACGCCUUCCAGACCGACCGCAAGCUCAUCCUCAUCACCGAGCUCUGCUCCAACGAAGAGCUGCUGGAUCAUCUCGUGAAGAAGACGGCGUUCACCGAGCUGGAGGUUCAGCCGUACAUUUGGCAGCUGCUGGAAGGCCUUGACUACCUCCAUCGGUCCCGCGUCCUCCACCUCGACAUCAAGCCGGCGAACGUGCUCAUGGUUCACUCGGACGGCGACGACAUCAAGAUCUGCGACUUUGGCUUCGCGCAGGAGCUGAGGGAGGGCGAGGCCCAGCGCUGCCUGUACGGAACGCCCGAGUUCGUCGCGCCCGAGGUGGCACGCCAGCAGCCCGUGUCACCGGCGACCGACAUCUGGCCUGUUGGAGUGAUAACCUAUGUCUGCCUGACGGGCGCCUCGCCGUUCGUGGGCGACAGCGACCGGGCGACGCUGCUGAACGUGCGGGACGGGCGCAUCAGCACGGAGCGGCCGCUCGAGGGGCUCUCCCCGCUCGCCGCCGACUUCGUCGCGCGCCUCAUGACCAUCAACCCCAGUGACAGGCCAUCCGCUUCCGAUUGCCAAAAACAUCCGUGGUUCAAGGCUGCCGUCUCGCCCCAGACCGGACUGGUGAACAUUGGCACGGACAGGCUCAAGUACUUCCUCAACCGCAGGAAGUGGCAGAGUGCCCUCAUCGCCCACCGAGCCAACCUGGUCAUGCGCUCCAUCCCCCAGCUGCUGGCCGCCACCGUGGGGCAGCAGUCCCUGGGGGUGCCUCGGCACCUCGCCGACCCCUCGCUCAUCUCUUCCACCUCCGACGACUCGGAUGAGGCCAACGUUUUUUCCGCCAUGUCCGGUUUUGGGGGGGGCUUGAGAAGACCAGAAGCCCCGCUUGCUCCCUCCAUGUCAAAGCACGCCGGCGCGCCAGUGGCCGCGUACGCCGCCACGCAGGAGCGUCAGCAAUCGUGGAGAGGAGCUGCUGUGGAGCAGCCGCAAAAGGCAAGAGAGGAGGGCGACAGGACGAUGGAGGUUGAGCCGAAGGCUUCACCAAAGGCCUCUCCGAAGGCCUCUCCCGGGUCUGGGAGGGCGCGGCGCCGCAGCAGACGGCGCUCCACGGAGGCCGAGCCGCCGGUGUCCUCAUCGUCUGAUGAAGACGCUCUGGACGUCUCCCGGCGAACGGAGUCUCCUAGGCAGCGGCGAAGAAACAACCUUCAGAGAUCGGGCUCGAUGGACAGCGAGCUCGGCACUUUGGCUGGCCACGGGGCACAGGGAAUCAAGAAGUCCAUGUCAAUGGAGCUGAGCCGAGGAAGAAGUCGGAGCCCAGGCCAAACGGGAGGAAUCCACGACGACCCGGCGCGCAGGAAACCGGGAGCGAUGACCCCUGUCGCAGCCGCCGAAGAUUUCUCCCAGCGGCUCGAAGUGAUCCGUCAGAGGCUGCUGGGUGGCGACCCGAUCGAAAGCAAGCUCAUUGAGUUGCGUGACCCCCGACAGGUGCACCCCGAUGCCAUUUCAAGACCUUGGAGUGACAAAAUCCGGACCUCGUCCCUGCCACCGAGGCCAGACAGGACCAGCGAGUUGGCCCAGAGAAAGCAGGCACCUGAACCAAUGGAGAUGGCUGAAAUGGGCAAAAUGCAAAGGAACGUUCCAUUUGCCAAAUUGGCGGAGGCCCCGCCAGCGCCGACCUUUGGUGUUUUACAUCCAUCCACCAGGAGUGCGGCAGAAUCGUCUCAAGCGCACGCUCCGAUAUCAUCACAAAUCCGCAAAUCGCCCACACUGCCUUUAAAAGCGCAGGUCCCCAUCAUCGGUCAGCUUAAACAGAUCCCUCCGCACAUCGCAUCGGCGAAGGCUCAGAGAUUCCCGGUGGUACCUGUGCAGCAGCAAGGUCCUUUCUCUGCCCAAGGUGGAAUGCAAAGGCAUUCGUCCACUGAAGGAAUGAGGUCGUUGCCAUUGGGAACCGAACCUCCGCGCUUUGCUCGAUUCUCAACUAGAAACAGAACCCCCUCGGCGCCGACACUCAGGGGUGAGAGGGCCGCGCUGGGGCAAUAUUCAGUCUCCGGCGAUAAGAUAAACGAGAUCAAAAACAUCGCUUCCGAAGCCAUAUUUGAGGCCAAGUUUAAAAAGAAGCACGAGUCGUCCAUACACCGAGUGUUCCCGUUUCUAAACAAGGCAAGGUCCGAAGAGCAGGUGCUGAGGCCGGCAUGGGCCGACGAGGAGGAGGUGUACAGGCCAAGGCAAGUCAACGCUCCUGUACUCAUUGCCGUCGAUCCUCACGGGGCGGUAAAGAAAAAGGUGAAGGAUGAGCUGGAGACCAUGGCAGAAAAGUCAGAAUCUGAAUCAACGGAACCCCUUCAAAAGCAGGACAGGGACAAGGGCAUCAUUCGCAGACUGUCGCAGAAGCUCAAACGACCGUCCUCCUCGGAGAAAAUGUCUCAACUUGCAGACGAAGGUGAGAAAGAACAGGGCGAUGGAAAGGACGAUGGGGAUGAAAAACAGAGGGUGGGAGGUGUUUCAAAAAUGUUUUCGAUUGCGCGGUGGCAGAGCAGCUCCAAAGAAAACGUAACGGGGGACCCUGCCGCCAACCUGAGGGCCGAUUUCGAUGCCCUAAAGAAGAAAUCUGCACAAGAGCUUCCAGGAGCAAAGAUGCCCACAGAAGUUGUCCGGGAACAGUUUGCCCCCGAAAAGCCCAAGCGAUCGUUUGCAACGGCAAUGACAUUUUCCGAAAUUGACACGAGGGCAGGACUUGGGCCAUCGGCCGUCCACACGGUAAAGCAAAGCCACCCCGCUUCUGGAAAUGUUCCGCAAAACGUUGACAUUGAGAUGAAGCCCAAGCAGGUGGAGCAGAUACCCGAUCUUCCUCUACAUUUUAAACAGAAGCAUUCCGAACAAAAGCAGCCGUGGCUCGGUGAGCGCUCAGAAAUAGAGGACAAGUCAGGUAGCCCUUCCAAAAUGUUUUCUGUGACAUUGGUGCCCGAGGGCCUACGUGAGAAGCCCAGUCACACAGUUGGCAUUGCGGGCGGUGCCAUUUCAGAGAAGAAAUUAGAUUCUCAAGCGCAUCCAGAAGUGUCUGCCAGUGAACAAACUUCCAUUGCACAAAUCCCAUCAAACAAAACGGAGAAAUCCAGUAAGGAUGCAGAAAUGGUGAGAGAGCUGGGAGCGGAAGGUAACUUAAAGGAAGAAAAUAAAUCAAGCGGUAUAGCCAAGAAACUCUCUGAUGCUUUGAAGAAGACCGGGCUCUCAGAGCUCGGCCGAGGGAAAGGGAAAAAAGACAUGUCAGAAGAGCAGUUGCAGCAGAUUUCGGAGAAAGAUUCCAAACAGAAGCACGCUGCUCCAAAAAAAACUGGCAAGGAGCCCGACAGCUCAGAAGUUUCUCGGGAGAGGUCAACAAAAAUGUCUGCCGAGGCCCUGCAGGAGCAACAGCCGCCUGAAGUAAAGGGAUUCGUUUCUGCGGAGAAGAUGACCGCUGAUAAAGGCACGAAGGACGAUGGAGAUAAACAUAAGUCCGGCGGUAUUCUCAAGCGGCUUUCCAUUGCAUUGAAGCCGGAUAGCCUCAGAGACGACGGUCACGGAAGAGGAAAGGAAGUGAAGCCGCACGAUGAGCUGGUCUUCAAGGAGACCAAGCAGAGUCAGCCUUCUGCUGCAAAAUUACCGGGAGAUGCGAAGAAACAUGCACGCGACGAUGGGAGAGCUUCUGAGGGAAAGCCAGCACGAGAGGCCUCGCUGGGAUCUGAGUCGGAGGAUCACGGCAAGGAAAAGAAGUCUGGUGGCAUCAUGAAAAGACUCUCUGUCAAACUGAAGAAAGACACUGCCAAGGAAGUCGCUGGAGGCCCAGCAAAGGAGUCGGCCCAGUCUCUAGAGUUAAAGCCCAGCCACCCUCUAGGCCACGGGCACGCUCACUCAACCCCAACCUACGUUCAGGAACAGCAACCAAGCAGAUUUGAGUACAGAUUAGUAGCAGAGGCCAUAGAAGAUGCUCUGGAGCAGAAGGAGGCCCAGAAAGCACAAGAAUCGGCAUCUGCUGACCAGGCGUUAGCGGAAGACGGUAGGAAGAGUGAGGAAAAGGAUAAGAAGGCCCCGGGUGGCCUAGCCAAACUAUUCUCCGUCAAACUGAAGUCCGACAGUCACAAGGAGGAUGGCCAUGAAAGUGAAAAAGAGAGGAAGCCACAUUUUGAACCUUCAGCUCGCGAAGCCGCCGCAAAAAUAUCACCAGAUACAAAAGAAUAUUUGCACAGCCAUAAGAGUACUCCUCAAGGAAAAGGGCAUUCUGAGCCUUCAGCAGGAUUAGAGUCAGAAAGCCAUGGCAAGGAAAAGAAGGAACCUGGCAGCAUCCUAAAGAGAUUCACGGUCAGCCUUAAGAAAGAUGCUCCCAACGAAGGGGUCCAAGAAAAACAAUGUGAAGAGAAAAUAGAAACCCCUUCUCAAGAGUUAACACCGAGCCGACCCUCAGCGCAGCCUCAUCCGAAAACCACCAAGUCGCAUGACGCGCCUAAAGGCUCAGGAAAAUCUGAGCAAAAAAACAAACAUGAGCCGUCAGAGGAACCAGGGUCCACGGAAUCUCCUCAAGAACAUAAACUGCUUCUCAAAGGAAAACAGUUGACUGCUGCUGAAAGAACACUUGCGGAAGAUAGUAAGAGGAGAGAAGACAUUGAUAAGAUGCCCAGCAGUUUAGCCAGACUCUUUUCUGUCACGCUGAAGCCAGAUGGUCCUGAAGAGGACCAUCACGGGCGAAGAAGGGAAGAAAAGCCGCAGGAUGAACCGAUCUGUCACAGGCCAGCUCAUGAGACUGACACCAAAAUGGCAGCAGAUUCGAAGGGGCACGUGCACAGUGAUACGAGCGCUUCGGAACAAAGCCCAUUGCACGAGCCCUCGCUGGGCUCAGAGUCUAUGGGGUCGGAAGAACAGAAAUCAAGCGGCAGCGGUGGCGGCAUCAUAAAAAAAUUCUCUGUCAUGCUGAAGAAAGACAGUCCCAAAGACCUGGCCCAGCAUCACUCAAGGGAGGUGAAACCAGAUGCUGAAACUGACCAACCCCCGGGGUUAAAGCCGAGCCACCCUCCAGGCCACGGGCACGCUCACUCAACCCCAACCUAUGUUCAGGAACAGCAGCCAAGCAGAUUUGAGUACAGAUUAGUAGCAGAGGUCAUAGAAGAUGCUCUGGAGCAGAAGGAGGCUCAGAAGGCACAAGAAUCGGCAUCUGCUGACCAGGCGCUUGUGGAAGAUGGCAGGAGUGAGGAAAAGGAAAAGAAGGCUCCGGGUGGCCUAGCAAAGCUAUUCUCCGUCAAACUAAAAUCUGACAGUCACAAGGAGGAUGGCCAUGAAAGAGAAAAGGAGGGGAAGCCAGAGAAACCGGUGCCUCCAUCAAAGUCAGAACAUGAAAAACAUCCAGCUCAUGCUGCUUGUGCUGCCACGAUCGUGGCAUUGGACGCAAAACAAAGUGCACCCGAGACCACAGACGCCAGUGAUGGAAAACCAGCAGCCGAUUCCUCGGUGGGAUCUGAGCUCACAGAUUGUGAGGACCAUGGCAAGGAGAAGAUAUCCACCAGCAUCAUCAAAAUGUUUUCUGUCACUCUGAAAAAGGACAGUCCCAAAGAGGAAGACCAAGCGGACAGCGCCGUGGAACUUAGGCAAGAAGAGGCUAAAUCGACGACCCCUUCAAUUACUGGAGAAAACGAGGCUCAAGAGACCCGUGAUGAAAAAUGUAAACUAAUGUUCCCAUCAGGAUCGAGGGGUGUAGGAGGAGCCGUGGAAACACAGCAGCUGCCUCACAAAGAAAAGAAACUGGAUGUUGCAGAAGUGAUGUUGGCGGAAGAAGGAAAGAUAGUUGAAGUUAUAGAUGAAAAGAAGCCAAGCAGCAUAGUCCAAAUGAUUGCUGUGAAAUUAAAGUUGGACCGUCCACAGCAGGACAUCCACGAACAAGUAGCGGGAGAGAAGCCACGCGAUGAAUCGGACAAUCAGCAGGCGAUGAAAUCGAGGCAACCUGCUCAUGGAGUAUCCGCAGAAACCCCAUUGGUAACUAAAGCAAUCAUCGUGAAGGAUUCAGAUAAAGUCGAUGAUAACGCAAUGCGGGAACCGUCGCUGGCAUCCGACUCCCCUGGCAAUGAGGGGCAGUGCACGGAGAAAAAUAAAUCCAGCGGCAUCAUGAAAAAAAUUUCUCUCUCGGUGAACAAGGAGAGCCCUAAAGAGAUCAGCGGAGAGAAGGAGACGGAAAGUAAACCGCACGAGGAAUCUGUCACCACUCACAAUGUAACGCAAGGCCCGAGACGAUCGGAAAUAUUGGGAACGCCUCAAGAAAAAUUGAAAAUCGAGCUCCAGGCCUCAGGUGGGACGAGCGAGCAUCAGAUUCCUCACACAGAAGGAAAGAUAGAGGAAGCCAAAGAAAAGAAGAAGCCAAUUAGCCUGACCAAGCGCCUCUCAGCUGUUUUGAAACCGGUCAGUCACGUAGAGGACAGCCACGGGAAAGGAAUGGACGAGGAGCCACGGGGCGAGCCCGUAUCUCAGGAGCCCGUGAAAGGCGGUCAACCUUCGCCUCAUGUCGCUGCCACAAAAAUUCCAGUGGAUCUAAGCGAACUUGUGGCGGGAGACGCGUUUGCACGUGAGCCUGUGCCGAACGUGGAUUGGCAAGAGUCGAAGGGUCAUAAUAAGGAGAAAAAGCACAGCAGAAUCAUCGACCGGAUCUCUGGAAAAUUUAAGAAGGACAACCUGAAAGAGAAGCUAACGCAUGGAGAAGAAGAGAGGGCCAGUGAAAGUGAUAUGGAACACGCUAUAAUUGGAGAGUCAAAGCAAAGCCAUCCAGUUGAACACAUCAGUAAGCUGGAGAAGGGAAUGCUCGAACCGAUCGAAACAUUUCAAUCGGCAACCGCUGUCCUGGAUCACGAUGUUGGGAAAAACAAGCCAUUGACCAUCGUUGAGAGAUUUUCGAUCUCGUCGAAAGUCGGUUCAAGAGAGAGAGCCGGUCAGGAACAACAAAGUGAUGAAAAAGCUAAAUUAGAAACUUCCCUUUCUCAGGAGUUAAAGACCCAUUCGUCUUGCGAGGCCACGGUGGACAUUCCAGAUGCUUUUUGGAAAACCCGAGAAGAGGAUAUGAAGACCUCUGAGAAUGCAUCAAGCGCGGAGCCGUCACUCUCCUCAGACUCUCAGAGUCAUGGCAAGGAAACCAAGAAAUCCAGCAGCAUCGUCAAGAGACUGUCUGACGCCCUAAAGAAGGACCACUCAAAGGGGGUCAGUUCUGAAACAGCGAGAGGAGACAAAGAGGAUGACAGUGAUCUUUCCGAGCGAGAGGUCCACCCACAAAUCUCAGACGUGAGAGAUAAAGCACGGGAAAUACCAACAGCUGAGCAAGCAGAAACCUCAGAGUCCGAGGGUCCUGUCAAGGAGAAAAAGAAGUCAAGCAACCUCAUCAGACGGCUGUCUUCCAGGUUAAAAAAGGACAAGCGAGCACACGAAAACAGUGCAUUGUCCGAUGAUGAUCACAAAGAUGAGAAAACGUUAUCGUCGAAGCAAGCCCCGGCUGGACCAGAAAACCACGAGGCAGUGCAGCUGCAGCCUUCGGUGGGAAAUGUCGACGGGGACCACUCGUUGCUGUCAAGACGACUCCUUACGGGAGAUUCGGGGCCAUCUGAAAAAACGUCACCGCAGGUGUCGGCAUCUUCAGAGGGUGCACAAACACAGGAUUUGCCUCAGAAAGGUGGACGGUCGGAUGCUGUUGACAAGAUAAGCGCUGCAGGGGUCGGGAAGAGUGAAGAAAAGGAGAAAAUGAAGCCAGACAGUCUAACCAAGAGACUUUCGAUUGCGCUGAAAAGAGACAGUCCCAGAGAUGUGAGUGUUGAGAAAGAAAGAGGAGAGAAGGGCGGUGCUGAGCAGGGUCAAGUUCAAAGGUCAACCUCAAAUGAAUUGUCAUCCCAGGAGUUGACCCCACAAAUCACAGGGGACGUCGAGGAAACACUGAAAGGUGUGGUCAUGUCAGAAGGUCAAUCGUCCAAUGAGCAGCCUUCAGUUGUUUCGGAGUCGGAGAGUCCUGGCAAGGAGAAAAAGAAAUCGGGCAACAUCGUAAAGAGAUUCUCGGCCAAAUUUAAGAGAGACGGCGCCAAAGACAAGGCCAGUUUCGCAAAAGAACAAGAUGAAAGGUUGGAUGAAACUGACCUUUCAGAAAUGGGUGGAGAUAAAGUAUUGGAAGAAAACAAGCCGUUCCUCGAGAAUGUAACUGAAAAAACCAUAACAUCCCAAGAAAGACUUGAACAGGACAUUUCCAUAGCCUUUGUAUCCUCCGAGCCGAUACAGGAGCAGCGUCUGCCUCUCAUCGAGAAAGGAUUUGCAUCCGCCGAAAAGGACUUGGCUGAACGUCUGCAGCAAGGAAUCGAGUCUGGCGGUGUUGUUGAGAGCCCUGUUGUGUCCACGGAGGAUGGGUCUGAACUGGCCAGUCAGGCACAAGGAAAGGAAAGCGCAGGAAGUGAAGUGGAGAGUAAAAGGCAGGCCCUGUUCCAGGAGAUCGAACCACGGGCGCCCUCACCCACUUUCGUUGCUGCAGAGUCGUCUUCCACAGUUAUACAGCGGCAAGAAGGGAAAGCUCAUGAACGCGAUCAUGAUAAAGCCGUCUCGCCGCCGGGGUUGAGAGCAGAACAACUGUCGACACACGAACCUGCCGUGGCAGAUCUGAAAGAUGACGUUAAAAUGAGCGCCGAAUCAAGUGCUAAAAUAUCCACUCCUGAGCCAGCGCAGGAAUCGCAAUCCACAGACACAGAGGGAUACAUGAAAGAGGAACAUAAACCAACCAGCCUUGUUAAAAGACUCUCUCAGGUAAUUAAGAAAGACAAAGAUGUAAAUCUAGAGAUAGAAGGGAAAAUUAGUGAUACAGGAGAAUCUCCGAAAGUCUCUCUUAAUAAGGAAAAAUCCAGAGGGACUUCUCUGUCAAACAUCGCCACAAAUCUGCCUGCAGCUCAGAAAGGCAGUAUGGGUGACCUUGAAAGAAAAUCAUCACAAGGCACCUCAGCAGCAGCAGAUGCUGGGCCGGCUCACGACAAGAAAACUCAAAGCCAGAGUGUCGAUCAGAAACUGCCGAGGUCAGUGUCUGUGGAUCAGAUAGCGGAAGGGAAUAAGGCGGAGGACAAGGAGAAAAGGAAAUCGAGUCUAAUGAAGCGACUGUCGUUCCACAUGCGUGCGGGCACUUCAAAGGAGAAAUUACUGUCAUCCGACACGAAGAAACAAAAGUCUAUCGAAGGCGUCGAUGCUACACCUGAUGAAAAAUCUUCGCGAAAAUCCUCAAUGACAUCACUCUCAUCGCUCACCAAGGGCCACGACAAGGAUUCAAGUUUAGUUCGAAAAUUAUCCCUCAAGCUUAAGCGGCCACUCUCGGUGGAAAAGCUGGCCAGUGCCGACAAGGAGGGUGACGACAAGAGGAAGUCCGGCGGUCUGGGCCAUAAGAUUUCCCUUGCGCUAAAGAAGGGCAGUUCAAAAGAAAAAUUAAGCCAUGAGAAAGACGAGACCAUGAAACACGAUCAUUCCUCCCCAGGAAAAUCUCUUCGAAAGAAAAUCGGGGCAACCAUGUCUGGCUUUUCGAUGAAGCUUGCUCGCAGCCGCUCGGAAGAGAAGCUUGCGAAACAGACGGACGUCGAUGCCAGCGCCAAGCUCCUCACCUUACCCUCGGAAGCGGCGGGAAAACGGGCAGAUGCCGCGGAAAAGGAGCAAACUAGCCAGGGCGUGAUCAAGCGCUCAAACUCUGAAUUUUACCUGCCACAAACACCAAAAGAUGCCAGAGAUGCAGCCUCAAUGCCGCCAGAUGAGCAUAGAAUAUCUUCUUCAGAGAAUAAGGAACAACUCUCAGAAGUUUCUCCGCCGUCGUUUCAAACGAAGCUGAUAGACGAGCUCAUUGUGGACGGACAGCCCAUGACCCUGUACUGCCGUCCCGUCGGGAACCCUUCGCCUGACGUCAAAUGGUUUAAAGACAAGAAGCUGCUCGGCUCUGAGAGCAGGGCGAAGGUGACGGUGUCGAGGGAGGGGCAGCACAUCCUGUCCGUGGUGAAGGCGGGGAAGAAGGACACGGGGGUGUACGAGUGCAGCGCCACCAACCACCUGGGCUCUGCUGCCACCUCCUGCAAAAUAAAGCUUGCACAAAUCCCAGGCAGGCCUGGUCACCCAGAAGUUCCACAGGUGUACAAGGAUGGCGCGCUGGUGGUGUGGAAGGCGUCCGAGUUCGAGGGAACGGCCACGUACACGAUGGAGACUAAAAAGAGCGGCGAGGGGAUUUGGUCGUUGGUCGCGGCCGGGAUCAAGGACCCGUACUACAACGUGAUGCACCUGGUCCCUGGCGGCGUUUACAAGUUCCGCGUGUCGUGCGUGAACAAGGCCGGACAGAGCCCGCCGAGCCUGUCUUCGGACAAGAUCGCCAUCCCAGUAGCGGCACCUGAGAAGGUCGUGGACAAGAGGCGGGGAAGCCAAUUGAGUCUGGACAAAGGCUCCGGAAAACCGGGUGUGCUGCAGAAGCCUUACACCUUCCUGGAGGAGAGGGCCAGGGGCCGCUUUGGAGUGAUUCGCGAGUGCAAGGAGAACGGCACGGGUCGGGUGUUCACCGCCAAGAUCGUGCCGUACGAGGUGGACAGCAAGCCGAGGGUGCUGCGCGAGUACGACGUCCUGCGCACGCUGCAGCACCCGGGCGUCAUGUCGCUGCACGAGGCCUACGUCACGCCGCGCUACCUGGUGCUCAUCACCGAGCGCUGCGGGGGCAAGGAGAUUCUGUUCAAGCUCAUCGACAGCACCAGAUACUCGGAAGAAGAGUUGGUUGGUUACAUGAUCCAGCUGCUGCAGGCCGUAGACUACCUGCACCGUCGCCUCGUCCUGCACCUGGACAUUAAGUCCGAGAACAUCCUCAUAACUGAGCAAAACCUCGUGAAGCUGGUCGACUUUGGGAGCGCCCACCAGUUCAACCCCAGCGACCCCCAGCCAAUCGAGAACACCACCGGCGCUCUCGAGUACUUAGCUCCCGAGUUGGUCAAAGGUGACCCAGUGGGACCCACGGCGGACGUGUGGUCAAUCGGAGUUCUUGCCUUCAUCAUGAUGAGCGGAGACUCUCCCUUCCUCGGCGCAAACGAUCGCCUGACGGAGGAGAACAUCAAGCUGUGCAAGCCUGACGUGAGCAAGUGCUACGUCAACGCCUCGCAGACGUCACUCCUGUUCGUCAAGAGGCUCCUCUGCAUCUACCCACAGAGCCGCCCGUCCGUGCAGGAGUGCAUCUCCAUGCCGUGGCUGCAGGACACGCAGCUCAUGAAGGACCGCCGCACCAUCCUCUCCUUCCCCACCUGGAAGCUGCAGCAGUACCUGCAGGGGGCCAACCGCCGGCGUCUGGAGGCCGCCACCAGCCACCGAGUUCUGUUGCGCACGGGAUCCACCUCCAAGUAGCCGGGGCGAGUGCCACAAUCCUCGAGGCCGCAACAAACCACUGCUGGAAUCAAGGCUGAUACGAGCCAAGUCCACGUUGACUCGUCGUUGUUUUGAGUUUUGGGGUGACCACAAAAUCUCGUGCGUUUUUCUUGCGUUCGCCCCAGAUUCAAAGUUGAGCUGAAAAUGGACAAAAAGUAUCGCCAUACAUUUUCAACUGUAACCAUUUUGAAAUACAAUCUUCGAGUGGUUUCUUUCAAUUGAUAUUACAUUUCGUGAUUACUGCUGCUGAAUAGCUCUGAUCAGGCAGCAUAAGUUAUUUUGAAAUGAAAAUUAAAGUCGCUCAUUUACAUUUCAACAACUGUCCCCCCUGUAUUCAUUUAGAAUCGGUCAAAAGUAGAAGUACGAGGAGGCACAAUGGCGGUGUGCCUUGCUCAUUGUGAGAUGCAAAGUGGCAGGUAUCGGGCGAGAGAGCCACAAUUGUCGGUCUCUGAAGCCGCAACUUGAGCCAAAUGUUUAUAAAACAACAAUUUUCCAACUAGAAGGUGUUUACGUUUAUUUUGUUUAGACAGGUGAGAACUCAAAAGCGUGAUCAGGGUCACCAAAAUGACAACAGCAAAACAAACGAAAUGAACUACAAUAACGUAGCAGGGUGCGGCAUUACAUGUCUGGUGCUGUCAUCCUGGUUACGCCACUGCUGUAUAAGAGGUUUCUGAUCUGUCAUACACAGGUCAACAGAGGUGAUUUAUGAAAGAGAUGGGAGAAAAAAGCUGCUACCGUUCCUGGCCAUGGCACUUUCUUAAAUAAGUUCGAUAUGCAAUAAGGUGCCACUCUCAAUUUAAGUUAUUUUUAAGAUCAUGUCUCCUGAUUGUAUUAAUUCUCCUGUUAAACUAAAGUACUGUGCGUUUAAUGACAAUCCCUCAAUAUUUACUGGUUGAUCAACGGAGUUGUAAAAUACAUUACAAUCAAUACUCAAAAGAGUCAUAGUGUAUGGGGCAUAGAUGCAGAGAAGGAGAAGAGGGGAUCUUGAGCAACCUGUAAAUAUUCACGAAUAAGGAUGACAUCCUCAGCUGUUGACUUUACACCAAAAUGGACAAAUUGAGAGCAGAGUGUGAUCCCAGAAUACUGCAACUUCACUUUUCCAUAAUGCUUCAUGCUAAGUGGCACCCUAUUGUUGGACUGCAUUGCCCGGUGGCUGUCAUUGUGUGGCGGAGGGUGAUCGAGAAUUACAGGGUAUUGAGGUGUCGUAUGAAGUAGCAUCGUAUCGUGUAACCUGAGUUUUGCUUGAUGGCUUCUGCACUACGAUGAUAUGCAUAGUUUAUACGAGUUCUUCAAAGGGAGUGAUACAAAUGUACGCCAAUCAAAAUGAGCCCCACGUACAAAUGUAGCUCUUGCUGCUUUACUGAUAAUGUAGCGGCAAAGGGACGUCCGCUUCUCAGUGUGUUUGGGUCUUGCAUGUUCUUGGUUAUGAGUCAUGUGCUGGCUGAAACGUUUGUAAAAAACGUUAGGGCUGUAUUGCAGUUGUUUCAUUUCUAAUUGACCAAUGUGCUUGACGUGUGCAGACAAAAGCUUUCCCUCUCAGAACUGUGCAGGAGAUGAAAUGGGCUGGGGGAAAAUACAUUUGGCAAUAACGUGGAUGUGUUCGGUCGCCUUAACAACCCACUCACUACUUUUGUAACUUGUAAGGCUCCUGGGUUUGGAAAACGUGCAUUUUCUUGUUGUAAAGGCCAACAUUUGCGUUUUAUAGUAUAUAUUGAGCCUUAAUGAGAUUUAGCUAGAACUCUUUAUUUUUGACAUUUAAAAUCUAACCUUCAAACCUAGCAUGGAUUAUGUUGGUAAUACUUCUGUUCUAAAAAUAUACACAGCAGCAAUGCAUGCCCUCCUUCCAUUAACAAAGGUAUGUUUGACAGAAUGAUUUGUAGUAACUUGGAUGAAUAUUUAAUUUACUUGGAUCGUUCACGUGACAUAGAAAGUAAAUGUUGCAAAUGCAUUUAACUUUCACUUGUGAAUGUCUUUGUAUGCAUUAGCAUAGCUACCGUGAGUCUUUAAUACGUGGGAAAUGUGUGACCGUUUGGGACAAUGACAAAAGCAGAUGUGAACAUUCAGUAAAAUAUGCAAACGAGAGAGAAAAACUUGGCAUCAUUUACAGAAUCCAUCAGUCUACCAGUUCCACAGUGUAUGACAAAUUAAAUGUACAUUGUUAA